CACACACACACGAAAGAAGUUCCAAGGAAUGUCUUUCCAAGAGUCUGACUCCCUAGCAAGAACAAAACUUACAACACUAUAAAUAACCAGCAUUAGAUCCUGUUCAAGACUUCGCUGUUUGCUUCUCUUCGCUCACGAUGAAGAACAUUACACAAGUGUUUUUAGCAGUCUUGCCAUGGCUGUUAUUCCUGUUCCUUCCCAAAGGGUAUUGUGUUCAGAGAGUUCAUUGCCAGUGGGGUCCUUAUGGCGACUGGUCACCGUGUGAUGGCUGCACCAAAUUACAGACAAGAACUAGAGUCAUGGCUGUCUACAGUCAGUUUGGAGGGAACCCCUGCAGUGGAGGACGGACUGAGACCAGGUCCUGUGAAACAACACAAGGCUGCCCUCUAGAGGAUGGAUGUGGAGACAGAUUCCGCUGUCGGUCAGGGAUGUGUAUUAGCCAGUCUCUGGUGUGCAACGGAGACCAGGACUGUGAAGAAGAUGGACUCGAUGAGCUCUGUGAUGUUGAAAAAUACAUUGUAUGUCCAAAAUCAGUUCCCCCACCUAACAUCGAACUCCUAGGACUUGGGUUUGAUGUGGUGUCAGGGAAGACAAGAGCCAGUGUCAUCAACACAAAGAGCUUCGGGGGCCAGUGUCGCACCAUCUAUAGUGGUGUCCACAAUACUGUCUACAGACUGCCCCAAAGCACUAUCCAGUACAGCUUUAUGGUUAAGGCUCAGAAUGACUUCAGUGACCAGAUGUUCUCCAGUAAAUGGCACUAUGCAAAGGACAUUGUCAAGAGACAGAAAGUGACUGGGACCACGACAGGAUAUCGAAACUAUGACUUUCACUUGUCAGAUGACUGGAGUCGGAGCAACAGGCUUUUGGUUUUAAAGAAUGACAUAGAGGUAGCUCAGUUCCAGAGCAACGCUCCUCAGUAUCUCCCAAUCUCUGAGGAGUUCUGGAAGGCUCUGGCCAAACUCCCAUCAGUCUACGACUAUGCUGCUUACAGGAAGGUUUUGGAAAGGUUUGGAACACACUACCUGUCUGAAGGAAACCUCGGAGGCUCCUUCAAAGCCGUCGCCAGUAUCAGUGAAGAAAGUCAAAGACACAUGUUCAGCGAAAGCUCUCAAUAUAGUGAAUGUGAAAGGACUCAACGCUGGAUUCUUUUUUUCCCCAUCACUCACGUGGACUGCAGGGGUGGUCACAGUGGACGGCAUUCAAAUGAACCGACAACUUAUAGAACCAAGAAUCAUCUGGCAAGGAUGGAUGUGAGCGGAGGAGGCACUCAACACAUUGCAGCGUUGAAGACUAUGCAGCUUGAUAAUCCAAACAAUAACUGGGAAAUGUACUCUAACUGGGCGGACUCUGUGAGAUCAUUUCCUCAGGUCACAAAACAAAAGCUACGGCCGCUGUCAGAGCUGGUGAAGGAGGUUCAGUGUGCCGGGGUGAAGAAGCUCUACCUUCGCAGGGCUAUAGAGCAGUACCUUUCAGAGAGUGACCCCUGCCACUGCCAGCCCUGCUGGAACAAUGGCAUGGCUUUCAUGGAUGGAAAUGAAUGCAAGUGCAUCUGUAAACCUGGCACAUCAGGACUGGCCUGUGAGCAUGGAACUGAAGCGGAGGGUCAACAGGGAGUGAUCCACGGUAGCUGGGCCUGCUGGUCUACCUGGUCAUCGUGCUCUGGGAAUCGAAGGUCGAGACAUCGUUACUGUUCUAAUCCUGCUCCUCAGAACGGGGGACAACACUGCAUCGGAGAAACCACUGAGACUUCUGACUGUGAAGACCAAGAUCUGCAACACUUAAAAACCAUGGAGCCUCAGUGUUUUGACCUUGCUCUCCCAGCAAGUCAGAAGUGUGGCACCCCGCCUGCUCUAAUCAAUGGCUACGUCCUGGACCCGAAGGACAUUUACCUCGUGGGUAGUAAGGUUGAGUACAGCUGCACUGAUGGCUUCUAUCUUAUCGGUGCAACCAUGAUAGAAUGCACUCCUAGUUUAACCUGGUCCAGCAGGCCUGGGCUGUGCACAGUUGCAGCAUGCAAGCUUCAGUCCCUUGCUGAAGAUGUCAUAGCAUCUCCAUUACAACAGGCCUAUGGCAUAGGGGAGGAAGUCACCUUGUCCUGUCCAGCUGAUAGAAAGCUACUAGGAGAAGCUACGAUUAUAUGUGACCCAAGUCUGAAUUUUUCACCAGAUCCAGCUGACAUCAAAUGCGUCCCAGCCAUUGCGCCACAACAAAUCUCUCCCUUGGUGCAAUGUGAACCAUGGCAGAAGUCUUCCAGAGGAAAAUGUGUUUGCAAAAUGCCUUAUGAGUGCGGUUCAUCUUUGGAGGCGUGUGCCACUACUGCUGUGAGCAGAAAAUCAGUCCUCCUGAAUGUGUGCAAAAUGCAUGCACUGAAGUGUAUGGGGAAGAGCCACAUGAUAGCAGAGGACAGCACCUGCAAGUGGCCAGAGCGCAACACAACAGGCUGCACCAACUGUCACAUGUGGGAGACCUGUGACGACCAAACCAAUGAGUGUCGCUGUAGGGACUCUGCAGACUGCUUGAACCCAGGAUUAAAUGUGUGUGUUCAUGUUGGGGAGGAUGAGACUGCAGCAAAUCAGACCAUGAGCGAGUGUGAAGCAGGACUACAGCGAUGCAAAGGAGAAAAGGUGUCAGUUGUCAGUAUUCUGCCUUGUGCUGCCUGAAGGUGCAGGAUGAAGAAUUGACCCUAUGACCUUCAUUCUCCAGCUUUCUUCACACAUUAAUCCUCAGUAUCACUUUCCCUGUGAUCUAGCAGCAAAUUCGUUUUGUAUCAAGUCUCACUGUUUGACAUCAUAAUAAAAGUGAUCUUUAAUGAAUAGCAAAA